AUGGGUGCAAGUGAUUCUUGGGUCAGAAUGGCCAUUUACAUUGGUGGUUGUCUCGUUUCCUGUUGUGUUGUCAUUAUUGUCUUGGCAAUUGUCAUUCCUAUUGGUGUAGUCAACUCAAUUCCACCAGAAUAUUGUUCUAGCACCAACCACUUGAAAUAUUUCCCAUUAGGUUCUAUCAUUACCAUGCAAAAGGAUCUCGGAUUGGCUAGAUUUAAUAUUUAUAAUGGUACUGAUACAACUGUUUCGAAUAGAAGUGGAAGAAUGAAGUAUAGAUCAUGGGCUAUUCCAUAUCGUAUUGAUUUAAUGACUGCUGAUGAGAAGGGAAGCUGUGAAGGAAGAGGAACAUCUUUCAGUUUGGGUCAAAAAGUUGAUUUAACAGUCUGUCAAAAUGAUACUGAAAUUCCAUUCCAGACAUUUGGCAAGAUUGAUCAAGAAUGGACAUUUAUUCUUCGUAAAUACAAGAUUUAUGGAUUGAACAACGUCCAAAUUGCCUAUGCUGAAGAGAACUUUAAAAUUGGUUCAGUAGAUAUCGAUAUCAAGUCCCCAGAUGGAAGUCUUGUCUAUGCAAAACUUGUUACUAAACCAUUCACUAGUAUUUUGGAAACUUGGGAAGUAAAUGUGAAGGCUGAACUUCCAGAUUUUGAUUGGAGAACAAUUAUUUAUUUGGUUUCUGUUAUUUCCUAUAAUAGAAGUUAA